CGCCAGCGUUUCUGACCUAACCGUUGGGCUACGCCCGCUCGCUGUAAACAAUAAUAUACAAUUGGAAUACUUUUGUAUUUUCCGUACAGUCAUGUUAUUGAUUUAUGUCAUGCGAAAUACUGUCAUUCAGCAGGAAAUGUUUCUUCUAUCUUGAACGUGAACGAAGAUGAGGGUUAUAAAAAGGUUGUUAGUUAUAUGGCUGGUUGGAUUAGUACAUGCAAAAAAUGUCCUUAUAUUGUUGGGUGACGACGUCGGGUUCCAGUUUGGUGCCUAUGGCAACACGAAGAUCAAGUCACCGAAUGUAGACGCUUUAGCCCAACGUAGUCUGUUGUUCCAAAAUGGGUUCACAUCUGUCAGUAGUUGUUCACCAAGCAGGUCAGUGAUACUAUCCGGUUUACCCGUGCAUCAGAAUGGUAUGUACGGACUUCACCAUUCAUUCCAACAUUUUCAAUCCUUCGAUGGUGUCCGCAGUCUUCCGAUGAUUCUUGACAAGCACAAUGUUCGGACAGGAAUUGUGGGUAAAAAGCACGUAGGUCCAGAUUCUGUGUAUAAAUUCGACUAUGAAGUCACCGAGGAACAUUACGAUCUUAAUCAAGUGGGCCGAAAUAUAACGUGUAUGAAGGAAUAUAUUCGAAAAUUUCUCCAAGGCUCCAAGAAUGAUUCAAGGCCUUUCCUUCUGUACAUUGGAAUCCACGACAUCCAUCGUUGUACUCCAUAUAUUGGCGGCAAACUUGGAAAUUUCUGCGAUAAAUUUGGUGAUGGUACGACACCGGGCACGGGUUAUAUCAAAGACUGGAAACCAAUAGUCUACAGACCGGAAGACGUAGAAGUGCCGUACUUUCUUCCGGAUACACCAGCUACCAGGGAAGACCUUGCCGCAAUGUACAAAACAUACAGCCGAUUUGAUCAAGGUGUUGGUCUUUUUAUGCAAGAGUUAGAAGACGCUGGAUUUGCAGACGACACUUUGGUGAUAUUUACGUCAGAUAAUGGUAUUCCGUUCCCAUUUGCUAAAACAAAUCUUUAUGACCCUGGACAAGGAGAACCAUUUAUGAUAUCUUCACCGUACCAUAAAGAAACCUGGGGAAAGAAAACUGACGCUAUGGCGAGUACGAUGGACAUCGUGCCAACAGUUUUAGACUGGUUCGAUAUAAAAUAUCCCAGUUAUAAAAUGAACGGUAAAAAGGUAGCUCUUACCGGAAAAUCAUUGCUUAAUGCACUUAAGCCACAAGUUCCAGUCGGGCAGUUCGAUCAAAUCUUCUCAAGUCACGUUUUUCACGAGGUCACCAUGUAUUAUCCAAUGAGAGUUGUCCGUACGAAGAACACAAAACUCAUUCACAACAUCAACUUCCGGGCGCCAUACGGAUUAGCAACAGACUUGUACCAAAACCCAACUUUCUUGGAUAUCCUAAAUAAAACGAAAUCGGGACAACCGACUAAAUGGUUCACAACUUUGCAGAAAUAUUAUUAUCGAGAUGAAUGGCAACUCUUUAAUUUGACCUCUGACCCGCAUGAGCAGGCGAAUUUGGCGGGUUCAAAGGAGUACAAAACUGUUUUUCAAAACAUGAAGAAGACUUUGAAACAGUGGCAGUUGGACACAAAUGAUCCUUGGAGAUGUCUGCCAGAUUCAGAACUUGAAGGGGAUGGUGCGUGCUAUGACAUGGACAAUCGUAAACAACCGGAAAUGUCAAUCCACGUGCUGCGUUAAAUUGGGAACGCAGUGUAAUGACAAUGAAGAUCUGACUUUUCUACAGUAUAUGCAUUUUAUUUUCCAUUUGAACGAUUAAUCGGUAUUUAAAUUCUAAUUACUGAUGUGAUAUAACAGUAUUACCUUUUAAGUAACAUAAUGAUAUUAUAUUUUUUUAUGACUUUCUUUUCAUAAAAUUUGAUAUUUGAAGUUAAAAAAAUAUAGAUUUACUAGAUUAUAGAUUUAAUUGCAUUUACACAUCCUUAAACUAAUUGAUUAAUUCU